AAUUAAAAGUAGAAGGGAUCUUUAAUUCAAAAAAAAAGGAGAAAAAUCCUAUAACGGUCGAGUAAGUAGAUCCGAAACGAAAUAUCAGUUUCCUCAUCUAAAUAAAAGCAAAAAAAAAAAAAAACAAUUAUCAUCAUUUCACUCAAUCACUCACUCUUUCCCUCUGCUUCAAAUUUGAAUCUCUCGCGUUCUCUCUCGGCUCACUCUCUCUAAUCCCUCUCUCCUUCUCUCUCGAUCCUGUAUCGUCUUUGGCAGCCAAAUGGCGGAUUCAAAAUGGAGCUUCCUUCCCAAAUCCGUAUCCGCACACUUGAACCCUAGAUCCGACAUCGAGAACGCACCUCCGAACAUCCCUGACCCGAGAACUAAAUCAAUUUCGAAAUCACCGGCUCUCAGGAGUCAGAUCGACCGGCGAGGCCAAGUGUCAGCGACUCGGCGAACGGCGUUGAAAGCUCGCAGUGAAGUAGAGGAAGCUUCGAAUCCACCGCAUGUGAAGGUUGUGGUGAGGAUAAGACCUACGAAAGAGUAUUGCUGGACUGUUAAAAAGCUUUCCGAUGAUUCUUAUUCCGUUAGGGAUCGCAAGUUUACUUUCGACUCUGUUCUCGACUCUAUUCAUAAUCAGGAGGAUGUGUUUCAGCAAAUAGGUGUUCCUUUGGUGAGGGAUGCAUUAUCAGGUUACAACACUAGUGUCCUAUCAUAUGGACAGAAUGGAAGCGGGAAGACAUACACAAUGUGGGGUCCAGCAGGUUCAAUGCUGGAAGAUCCAUCUCCUAAAGGCGAGCAAGGACUCGCGCCUCGCGUCUUUCAGAUGCUGUUUUCUGAAAUUGAGAGAGAGAAGAUGAAGUCCGAUGUAAACUAUCAGUGCCGUUGUUCUUUUCUUGAGAUAUACAAUGGGCAAAUCAGUGAUUUGAUCGAUCAAACCCAGAGAAACCUUAAGAUAAAGGAUGAUGCAAAGAAUGGUACUUAUGUUGAAAACUUGACUGCGGAAUAUGUGGAUAGCUACGAGGAUGUUGCUCAAAUAUUGAUGAAGGGGCUGUCAAGCAGAAAAGUUGGAGCAACUAGCACAAGUUUUCAAAGUUCUAGAUCACAUGUCAUACUUUCUUUCAUAAUCGAGUCCUGGAGCAAGGGAGCUUCGUCAAGGUGUUUCAAUACCACCAGAACAAGCAGGAUCAACCUUGUUGAUCUUGCUGGAGUGGGAACAAACGUACGUGAUGCUACUAAACACUGUGUCGAGGAAGAGAAAUUCUUAAAGAAGUCCCUAUCCGAGCUCGGACAUGUUGUGGAUGCUCUAGCUAAAAACGUCCACCCUGGAAUAUCUGACCACAGUCUUCAUAAAACCUCUUGCUUGACGCAUUUAUUGCAAGAAUCGCUUGGUGGCAAUUCAAAACUCACUAUCAUGUGCAACAUUCUUCCAAGCGACAAAAACACAAAAAGAACAAUGAGCACCCUUCGAUUUGGUGAACGAGCUAAAUCUAUGGGAAACAAACCACUGAUAAAUGAGAUCUCAGAAGAAGAUGUGAAUGAUUUGAGUGACCAGAUUCGUCUUCUAAAGGAAGAACUUAUAAGAGCCAAAGCUGAUUGUCACUCUGUUGGGAGUAAAGAUAAUCUGGGAGCAAAGAGUGCACGUGAAAAUUUGAAUCAACUAAGAGUUAGUCUUAACCGGUCUCUGAUGCUACCGAAAAUUGAUAUUGAAGAGGAAGAGAUAAUGGUCGAUGAGGAUGAUGUAAAGGAACUCCAUCAGCAAAUCAAGUCCUUCCGUGGUUCAUUCAGUGAGAAACAAAAGAAGCUCCCUGUCUACAGAGAGUCAGUCAGCUCUUCCUUUGUUACAGCAUUCGGUGAAUCAGAGCUUAUGGAUGAUGAUGAGAUCUUUUCAGAAGAAGUAGAAGCUGAAGAGAAAGAUUUGGAUGAAUCUUUCAAAGAAUGUGACGACGCCAGUGCUGCAACAAUCACCAAAUCAACUGAGAAAUCAAGGAUAAAGGAAUUUGCAUCGGCAAACAACAUGUCAAUAAAUCCUUGCCGCCAAUCCUUAAUCUUGCAAGAACCAAUCCAGUCCGAGUCUCCUAAAAUCAGAAACUCUCUAAGGAGGAGCAUAGCUCUUUCUUCCUCAUGUCUCAGGAACCAGAAUAGCCUGGCGCUGAGCAUAAAGUCCUCGUGUCUUGCAGAGAGCCAACAUAUCAGGGCAUCUUUACGUGGAAGCAAGAUAUUCACAGGCUCCACGGAAUCUCUAGCUGCAAGUCUGCGGAGAGGCUUGGAUAUUAUUGAAAAUCCACUGAGCCCUGCAUCAAACCGAUGCUCAGUUUCUUUGUCUUCUGAUAACUUGACCAUGCAACCUUCCACGGAGACACUGCAAGAUGAUCAAGUACCUCUUUCACCACUCUGUCCUUCCUGCAGACAGAAAUCUGAGAACAAUUCUACUGUUCUUAGCAGCUCCAAAUUGUCAAACGUAGUUGAAGGAGAUGGACAUCAUCAAGGGCUUACUGAGAAACAGCAAGAGCUUGAAAUUUUGUGCACAGAGCAAGCAGCCAAGAUUGAGAAGCUAACGCGCCUGUUACUGUUAUAUCUUCUUCAGGUAGAGCAACACAAACAUCAAACUGUGAAUGAAACAGAAAAACUUGCUGGAGUAAGUAAUGGAGAACAGUUUUCUUCAGCAAACGAAAAUCAGUUUCUCAGCUGUAAUGAUGUUGUUGAGCGUGACCAAGCAAACCAGAUCCCAAAUGGAGACUUUGAUAUUGGCGAGAAGGAGGCACUACUUAAAGAAAUUGAAGAUCUGAAAAGCAAAUUGCAGAAACCUGUAACCAUGUCCACCAACGAGCUGAGAUCAUCAUUGUUGGCCCGUUCGUUUCAACUACGCAACAAGAAUGCUGAAAAAGAUAUCGAGGAAGAACGACUUAAGUGCACAGAAAUGGAGAGCGAGUGGAUAUCAUUGACAGACGAACUCAGAGUUGAGAUUGAAACACAACGCUCACGCGCAGAUAAAGCUGAAGGACAGCUUAAACAAGAGAAACUAUCUACUGAGGAGUUAGAGGAUGCACUUCGACGAGCUGUUCUUGGUCAUGCCAGGUUUGUUGAGCACUACACAGAGCUACAAGAGAAGUACAACGACUUAGGCUCAAGGUAUAAAGCAACGGGGGAGUGGAUAACAGAGUUGAAGAAGGCAGUAGCAAAGGCUGGGAAAAAAGGUUGCGGUUCCCGUUUCGCUAAAUCACUUGCUACUGAGCUCUCUGCACUCCGAGUAGAAAGAGAGAGAGAAAGAGAUUUUUUGAAGAAGGAGAACGUGAGCCUUAAGAUUCAACUGAGGGAUACCGCUGAAGCUGUUCAUACUGCUGGAGAAGUUCUUGUUAGACUCAGAGAAGCCGAACAAUCAGCAUCAGCUGCUGAGGAAAAGUUUAAUGAGGUGGAAGAAGAAAACGAGAAGCUAAAGAAGAAAAUGGAAAAGUUGAAGAGGAGACACAAGUUAGAAAUGGCAACACUCAAACAGAGUCUAAAGCAAAACACAUUGCCUGAAUCUGCAUUACAGCCACUGCAUCAGAGGAACUUGGAGAUUGAAGAAGAAGGUAUGUAGAAGAAACAUACCAAGGUGCAUAACUUGAAGACCUUCCUCGGAUCUGAUUGGUAUACACAUGAACUUACUGUUUAUUUUUCCACUUGCUGCAAAUAAAAAAAACAAUGUCUUAUUCCACAAGGCAUUUUGAUUAUUAGUAUUUUGGUUUCCCAUUGGAGUUUAUUUAUUAUUGGCUGCUUUUGAUUUGAAUAUUUUGUUUGUGGCGUGCAAACUGGUGUUCUUUUUAUAACUUUAAAUUGGUAAUUUAUUUUCUCCAUUUUAAAUUUGUUA